UUGGCGCGCGCGGCGUUCGCGCACGCGAGCGCGGGGACGGCGACCACCAUUUCUGGAUUCACCGCGAAGUCGUGCGGCGGGACGGCGCAGCAGUACGCGAACUCGGGCGCUUCGGGAACGAAGACGUUCACGUGGACGGCGCCCGCGGAUCUCACGAGCGUGUCGAGCGUGGAUAUUUCGGCCGGGUACGCCGCCGGGCAAGGCGCGGUGACGAGACAGACGAUCACGCUGACUCGAGCGCCGGGGGCGGCGUGCGCGACGAACCAACGCGUGUCGAGCGGCGCGUGCGUCGCGUGUCCGGCGGGAUCGACGCGCGCCGCGGGCGAUCCGGUGUACGGCGGCGAUACGACGUGUACGGCGACUCUGUGCGCGACGAAUGAACGCGUAUCGAACAACGCGUGCGUCGCGUGCGCCGGGUCGGCGACGAACGCCGCCGGCGACGACGCCACGCAAUCGGAUACGACGUGCGACGGCGCGGCGUGCGCGUCGAACCAACACGUCUCGUCCAGCAGCUGCACCGCGUGUCCCGCGGGCACGACGCGCGCCGCGGGCGAUCCGGUGUACGGCGGCGAUACGACGUGUACGGCGACCGCGUGUGGGGCGAAUGAACGCGUAUCGAACAACGCGUGCGUCGCGUGCGCCGCGUACACCACCAACGCCGCCGGCGACCUCGCCAACGGCGGCGACACCGCCUGCGACGCCGCCUCGGCCGCGCCGGCCGGUCCAAAAUUUAUCGUAUUCGCCCUCUUCACCGCCCUCGCGUGCGCGUGCGCGCGCGUCGCUUGA